CCCCCCCUUCCGUGAUUAGAUCUGUCCUGUCUGACCUUUUGACUCCUGCAUGGCAGCAGCUCUUGGCCCUCGAAGAACAACAUUUUGAACCGUAGAAGAGGAAGGGGAAAAGAUGGGCCAUUGGGAGCAUCUCCCUGAAAAGAGUAAAACCAGCCCAGCCCUGCCUCUUUGCCACUUAGGAAGGAAUUCUGCCACGGAAGAAGCAGAAGGGCAGACACUAAAAUUCCCAGAGCACUCUUGAAAGAGUGAGGUUCCCUGUGACUUGCAGGGAAAGCCUUUGUUAACAAAACCCACUGGUGAAUCUGGAGUUCUGGAAAAGCAUCCUAAAAGGCUGCAGAGACAGCUGGAGGCAAUGCAAAGCGAACUUCAAACAAACCUAAAGGGUUCUGGCAUCGGUGAUGAGCAAUGGGGUAUGAUGUAGCACGUUUUCAGGGGGAUGUUGAUGAAGACCUUAUAUGCCCCAUCUGCAGCGGGGUCCUGGAGGAGCCAGUUCAGGCUCCUCACUGCGAGCACGCCUUCUGCAAUGCCUGCAUCACCCAGUGGUUCUCCCAGCAGCAGACGUGCCCUGUGGACCGCAGCGUCGUGACAGUUGCCCACCUCCGCCCCGUCCCGCGGAUCAUGCGUAAUAUGCUCUCGAAGCUGCAGAUCACUUGCGACAACGCUGUUUUUGGCUGUACGGCAGUUGUGCGACUUGACAACCUGAUGUCUCACCUCAAUGACUGCGAGCACAAUCCAAAGCGCCCAGUGACUUGCGAGCAGGGAUGCGGCUUGGAAAUGCCCAAAGAUGAGCUGCCAAACCACAACUGCAUCAAGCAUUUGAGAUCUGUGGUGCAACAGCAGCAGACGAGAAUUGCCGAGCUGGAGAAGACCUCGGCAGAGCACAAGCAUCAGCUGGCCGAGCAGAAACGGGACAUUCAGUUGCUGAAGGCCUACAUGCGUGCCAUCCGCAGUGUCAACCCCAACCUGCAGAACCUGGAGGAGACCAUUGAAUACAAUGAAAUCCUGGAGUGGGUGAACUCCUUGCAGCCGGCCCGGGUGACACGGUGGGGUGGAAUGAUCUCCACGCCGGACGCGGUGCUGCAGGCCGUCAUCAAGCGCUCGCUGGUGGAGAGCGGCUGCCCCACGUCCAUCAUCAACGAGCUGAUCGAGAACGCCCAUGAGCGGAACUGGCCGCAGGGCCUGGCCACACUGGAGACCCGCCAGAUGAACCGGCGGUAUUACGAGAACUAUGUGGCUAAGCGCAUCCCCGGCAAGCAGGCCGUGGUGGUGAUGGCCUGUGAAAACCAGCACAUGGGCGAGGACAUGGUGCUAGAGCCGGGACUGGUGAUGAUAUUUGCACACGGAGUGGAGGAAAUCUAAGGACUUUCAAAGAGAAACGCUUCGUGAUGACGAGGGAGAGGAGGGGAAAGGUGCAGAGGUGGAGACUGGGGGUAGCCGGUCAAAACUGCUGGUGUUCCCUAGUCACCGACAUGGUUUUCUUAGGGCACCGUUCCCUCAAACCUCUCGCUUCCUAGCUGAAAUGAUUCAAUGCCUCUGGUAAAUACUGCUCAAACACUUGGCCCAGCAGUGACCACACACUGCAGCCCCUCCACGUUCGCCCCUUGCAGAUCAGCUUCUCCCGUUCAAUGUCUUUUGAGGAGAGAAGGAGCAACCGCUCCACAUGUACUGCCAGACUCCUCAGACCCAGCCUGUGUUUUGGGUGCUGGUGCCUCUCCCAAAGCCCGGCUCCUGGUCCAGCCCAAACCCCGAGGCCUGGCUCGGCUCUUGCUGUGAACAGACCCCACGGCCCCUGGCAGCUCUCGCUUAUCUGGUGCCUGAAUCCUCCCUGGGCUUUCUCUCCCUCUGUGGAUUUUCUGCCUCGCUCUCCGGCGUCUCUCUGCCGCUGUCUUUCCAAGCCUUGGCUCUGACGUCCCAGUAUGGCGGCAGCAGCGGGGUCCGCUCCCACCUCCUCCUGCGGGUUGGGGAAGGGGCUUGGCCAGGGGAGUCCCUGAACUGGGCGCUGUCAGCGUCACCCCUUGGGGUCCUGCUCGACCCUGCAGCCGCCCGGAGCCAAACCAGCCGGGGAUGAGCCCCCGGCACCCGCAGGGCA